AUGAGGCAUAAAAUAGUUGAACUUGAUCUUCAUAUAUUUGAUCAGAAUGGUCCUAGAAGGUUGGGAGACCUUCAAUUGCCUGUGAGCCUUUUCACAUGCAAAACUCUUGUGGCUUUGAAGGUGAGUUCAAAUUGUAUGAACCUUGCUCCUCCUCCUUCGGCAUCAGCUUGUUUUCCAAGUCUCAAGUCCCUCCACUAUAGACUUGGUUGGCCUGAUAGUGCCUCAAUGUUUGAAAUGCUCGCUUCCAAGUGUCCUGUGCUUGAAGACUUGACCAUCGAUGUAUGUAGAAUUGGAAAUGUCUAUACUCUAAAUUUCCCUGCAGCAGAAUUGAAAACGUUUAGAAUUCUAGGUAGCUUAAUGGCUGCGGAUAAGUACAGGUUUUCUAUCAAUGCCCCAAAGCUUGAAAACCUUGUCGUCUCAGGUCAACUUGGUUUAUCAAAUUACUACUUUUCGAACAAUGCAAAAGCCAUGGUCAAAGCUGAGAUCCAUUUAAUCCAUGGUUGUAGCGGAGAGAAUAUUUAUCGUGUUGAAAGCGCACCUCCCUUGCUAGAAGGAGUCUCUGGUGUUAAAUAUUUGUCUCUUUUAACUCCUGUGUUUUCGGCACGUUCUCUGCCUUCCUUCGAUAAUUUGAAGCAUUUGAAGGUUGGCCUGUUUCGUUGCUCUUAUUGGGGAUAUGUAAUCGCGCUGCUCAAGAGAUCACCAAAUCUGGAAGAUAUUGUUUUGGAUAUUUGGACUUGGACAUGGGGUAAACAAGAAUAUGUGAAAGGGUACCGGCCCUUCAAUCCACCAGAGGUUGUUCCUAUUUGUGUUUCCUCGCACCUCAGGACCAUUUCUAUCAUUAAUUUCAUGGGAUAUGAUGAUGAGUUUGAAGUGGUCAAAUAUUUGUUGCAGUAUAGUGAAGUUCUUAGGAGGUUAACUAUUUCAACCCGUGAGAGUUAUCUUUUUAAGACUCGUCGAAUGACAGCAGAGAAGUUGCAUAAGAAAGCUUUGAAGUUUCAAAAAUGCUCCAAGACUUGUGAGAUUGAAAUAAUUAUCAACUGCGAGACUGACCGGCACAAAAACUGUAGUUGUCAUUUGUGA